AGAGUUCAAUUGUUUUCGUUUUAAAAUAGAUAGGAUUACAUGUGACACAAUAAUAUUUAUUAGAAACAUUCUCAUAGCAAUUAUCAAGUGAUGAGCUUCACAAACAAGAUAAUAACCAUCAUAAUUAUGUUUACUAAUAAAGUUAUACAAUUUCCAUAAACAAAUACUAAAAUGAAUAUCCAAAUAAUUUAAACAACGUUUUGUCAUUAUCACAAUUCUUUAUGGAGCCCUCAUCACCAAUAUCUCUCUACAUUCUUAGAUGAAUGUCAUGUUAGAUUAUUGUUUGAACUUUUAUCCAUGUGAAUUUGAAUUUUAUUAUUGCGAGUUACAUUCGCGAAUGUGUUGAGAGAAUUGAAGAAGCAUUAUGGAGAGGAUUUGUAUCUUUUCUUAAGUUGUUACGGGUGUUAUACUCCUCAAUUGGUGAUCUAUUAACAAUCUUCCCUCAAAACAACAUUAGCUCCCUUUGGCAUACACACAGUCUUAUAUAUGUGAAUGCAUUUUUUUAUUUGCUUCAUUAGUCAUGAUGUGACAAUUCUUGUGGAGUGUAGAGUAGUGAGAAAGACAUACCAAAGACCGUAUUUUGCAAGUGGUUUAUAAAAAAAAAAAGUUAUAUCUCAUAAUUUAACUAUCUAAUUUGAUGGUGAUUUAUUUUCUAAAAUUAUUGUUGGUGAAUAUAACAAUUAGUUAUUUAAUGAAGGAACCAAAAGAAUCCAAAAGAAAGAAAAAGAAAUUUAAAAUAUCUAUUGUAGCAUUGGUCUUUUUUUUUUUUGGUGGGGGUUCUUCUAAAUAAAAUGCAAGAAUUUGAGGCACUUGGUGAAGUUUUUUGAACCUUUUAAAUGCCAACUCUUUACUUCCUUUUUUUUGUAUUUUUUCAAGAGGAAAGAAUUUGAAACUUUUAAUAAAAAAUAAAAAAUCUAACUUAUUUUAUUUAUCUUUAAUUAUUUUUUAUAAAAUUACUCAUUAAGAAUUUCACGUAAAUUUAUAAAAAUAAUUUAAUAAUAUAAUUAUUUAAUAACUUUAUUUAUCAAAUAUUUAAAAACAAUUUAGCUUUUUAAGAGUGCAUUAAGAACACCUUUUGAUCAGCUCAUUCCCAUUGAUGAGAUCUACGAGCUUACCGCACGCGUAUUUACUCUUUGCCAGCUUACCCACACGCAUCAUCACGCUUCUUCCACCUCCUCUCUGUUCCAAUUCAGACAACUCUCCGCCAUUCUCUCCACAGCUUCACGUUUCUUUCUCUAGAUUUCUCUCCCUUUCUUUCUCUGAAACUCAAGUCUUUCCAUAAAAUCUAGAGAGAGAGAGAGAGAGAGAGAGAUAUGGAAGAAGACGAGGGCGGAGAAGAGUACCUGUUCAAGGUGGUGAUUAUCGGGGACUCGGCGGUGGGCAAAUCGAACCUGCUUUCUCGCUACUCCCGCAACGAGUUCAACAUGAAUUCCAAGGCCACCAUAGGCGUCGAGUUCCAGACUCAGAGCAUGGACAUCGACGGCAAGGAGGUCAAGGCCCAGAUUUGGGACACCGCCGGCCAGGAGCGCUUCCGCGCCGUCACCUCCGCCUACUACCGCGGCGCCGUUGGAGCGUUGAUCGUCUACGACAUCAGCCGUCGAUCCACUUUUGACAGCGUCGCCCGCUGGCUCGAGGAGCUUAAGACCCAUUGUGAUACAACUGUGGCAAGGAUGUUGGUUGGGAACAAAUGUGAUCUUGAUAACAUUAGAGAUGUGGGUGUGGAAGAAGGCAAAGGCCUUGCAGAAGCUGAAGGAUUGUUCUUUAUGGAGACAUCUGCCCUAGAUUCUACAAAUGUUAGGAAGGCUUUCGAGCUUGUUAUCCAAGAGAUCUACAGCAAUGUCAGCAGGAAGGUCUUGAAUUCUGAAUCAUACAAAUCUGAAUUCUCUCUCAACAGGGUGAGCCUUGUUGGCAAUGGUACCAAUGGAUCAAAGCAAACCCAGAACUACUUUUCUUGCUGCUCCAGGUAAAUUCUCUGCAUGCAUUUAUAAAUAUGUACAAUUUGAGGAGCUUUUUGAGGCUGGUCCAAUGUGUUUUGUUGGUAUUAUUUUUUUUUUUCUUUUAAUUCUUUUUUCUUUUUAAUAUUUCAUACGGACAUUGAUGGAUUCUUUAGUCACUAAAAAACAAAAAAAUUGCUGUUAUUUGUCAUGAAA